CCUUGAUAAAUAAGUGUCAAAAAAGCUGGAGACACCAAGCACUGCGGACGGUUGACAUUGGCUUGGAUUGCCUACACCUGAUUUUCCUCAGUGCAAUACUGGCCUGAUAGCUCCCAACCUUUCCGCUAGAGGGCGCAAUAGCCUGGAACCACUUCCUCCCAAGAUGGAAAAUCUUAACGAUAACUUCUCCUGCUAUGACUCGUCGAUCGUCAACUACCGCUAUGCGUCCGUGAGUUGGGGCAUCGUGGUGACAAUAGUAGGCACAGUGGGCAACAUGCUGACCCUGGUGGCUUACGCAUUAGAUACCAAGCUGCAGACACGCGUCAACCUGCUGAUCGUCAACCUGACCUUGGCCGACAUUCUGUACUGCACCUUCCUGCAGCCCUUCUCCGUCGACUCCUACUUGCAUCUCUACUGGCGGGCGGGCGCUGACUUUUGUCGGGUCUUUGGGAUGCUGCUCUUUGUCUCCAACUCGGUCUCUAUCUUGACUCUCUGCCUUAUUGCUGUCAGCCGCUACCUGCUGAUUGCCAACACGGCUCUCUUUGACCGCAUUUUCUCCCGCCUUGGAGUGAUGCUCAUUGCUUUGGCCACCUGGGUUGCUGGCUUUGCCAGUUUCGCACCGCUGUGGCAAGUCUACGUCUUGGUGCCCAAAGUCUGCACCUGCAGCUUCCACCGCAUCCGCGGCCGGCCCUAUACCACCAUCCUCAUGGGCUUCUACUUUGUGGUGGGUCUCAGCUGCGUCGGUAUCUUCUACUUCCUCAUCCAUCGCAAAGUCAAGAGCGCCGCCCAUAACAUGGACCAAUACAGGCUGAAGAAGGUCAGCCUGAAGGGAGCCCAUGUGGCUGGGACUAACUCAGGCAUGUCAGGACACUACCAAGAGCUGGACAGUGGGGUGGACAGUGGGGGGGCUUCCCAGCAUUCCUGUGAGAGUCUGCCCUCUGGGCCAACAACCAAGACCUCUGUCCCAACUGUUUCUGAUAGCAGUGGGGCUCCUCCCAUGUCUCAGCCUACGGCCCCACCUAAGAAAGCUGCCCCAUGCCAGACCAAGGACAGCCACUCCGAAUUCCGCCGGGUGACCCGCAUGUGCUUUGUGGUCUUCCUGUUCUUUGUCAUCUGCUACAUUCCCUUUCUGCUGGUCAACAUCUUUGAUGCCAAAAACCGGGCUCCAACCGUCGUGCACAUGAUUGCCGCCAACCUCACGUGGCUCAACAGUUGCAUCAACCCAGUACUUUAUGCUGCCAUGAACCGCCAGUUCCGCGAAGCCUACAAAAACGUGGUCUACAACUUGGUGCGGAGAUUCCGACGGUGAUGCUAGCUCUCCAGGGGAGCAGGCAGAUGACUCCCAGUCUCCAUAGGAACAUUCUGCUCUGACCGCCACCACCACCCAGGUUGUCCUGGGGACAGAGAGGCCACCACAAAGUGGCCUGGACAUCCAUGCUGAACUAGAUACAGGAAGAUCUUAACUUGCAUCUUCUUAGAAUUUCUGUUGUUUUACUGCUGUAUUCAAUACUGUAUUCCAUAUUCUGUUGUGGGCUUUAUGGGUAACAUGGAAAUCCACUGGGAUCGAUUGGCUAGACCUUGCCUUGUUGAAGCUGGAGAAGCACCUCCUUUGGGAUUUCCAAACAUGACAGCAAAUGUUGCUCCUUCGCAAAGUCUCAAUGGACAUUCAUCUACUGUCUUUUUAACAGGCACGGACACGAAGAUGCUGCCAGGUCUGCACU